AUGUCAGAUGAAAAUAACUAUUUUUGCAAUCCACACUUAAGAAACUUUAACUAUGAUGACUUGUCUGAACAAAGUGGCUACAGUUUAGCUCCUCCGAAUGCUUUUUUUUAUAAUGACACAGCUGAGAGAUCAUACAAUUAUAAUUCUAAUGAAAACAUACAAGAGGGAUAUUUAAAUCCUAACGUACGAAAUUAUGGAAAUUAUGAAAAUGGAAAGAAUAACCUAAACAAUCAGAUUGAUUACAAUGAUAGGGAUGGUCGCCAUUAUGGGCAUAGAGGUAACAACUUGAAUAGCAAGAGCAGGGGUGAUAUGAACGAGUCAGAAAAUUUGCAUGAUGUGUCAGGAAUAAAUCACAUGGGAUUAUGCACAGGCAAUCGAAAUAGCAUAAACAAUGUGAACAAUAUGAGCACUUCAAACGAAUCCAACAAUUUAACCUACAUAAGUAACAUAAACAUGUUGAAUCGGGUGGGUCGUAUUGGUAACAUGACCAAUAUGAGUGGCGUGACCAAUGUGGGUGGCCUGAAUGGAAUGGAUUCUAUGAACAGCAUGUUCAGCAUAAAUAAUCAGAGAAAUAUGAACACAAUGAACAAUAUAGGUGGCUUGGAGAACCGGCACAUUUCCAUAAGCAACAUGAACGCGUUGAAUAAAAUGGAAAGUGCAAUUAUAAAUAAAAACAUAAAGAGGAACAUGAAAAAUAUAAGUAAAGACGAAAAUAAAGACGAACAUGAGAAUGAAAACAAAAAGGAUAGCAGAAGGGAAAAUAAAAAGACCAAUUUUAGCUCUAUAGGCAGCAUGACAAUUUUCUCAAAUAAUAUAACCGACCCAACAAGUAGUACGAGGACACAGAUUAAAGAUGUCACUUCGAAUGCAUCAGCAUAUGAUAGUAAUUUAAAAAAUAACGGUGUGUAUGGAAAACAAAUAACUCCGAAAAAUUUGAUAACCAGGAGUGGCGAAAGAGAUAAAGGACCCGAUGGCGGUAAGAAGAACAUGAUGACAAGUAAUGCGAAUAUGCUGCAUAUCCAGGGUAGUUCAAAAAAUUAUGACCAUCCUACUGGAUUAACAGAAUUUAGCCUUAUGUCAGAUGUGGAAAGCAGGAACAAUGAAGUGAGCAACAUCCAAAGCUACAACAAUAUGAACAGCCACAACAGCGUGAACAGGUACAACAGCUUGAAUCGAUACAACAAUAUGAGCAGCCACAACAAUAUGAGCAGCCACAACAAUAUGAACAGCUACAACAGCUUGAGCCGAUACCAUAACAUGAACAGCCACAACAAUGUGGACAGUUAUAACAAUAUGAACAGUUAUAACAAUGUGGACAGCUAUAACAAUGUGGACAGCUAUAACAAUAUGAACAGUUAUAACAGUAUGAACAGUUAUAACAAUAUGAACAGCUAUAACAAUAUGAACAGCUAUAACAAUAUGAACAGCUAUAACAAUAUGAACAGCUAUAACAGUAUGAACAAUCACAACCAUAUGAACAACCACAGCCUUAUGAACUACCAAAGCCAUGUGAACAACCAGAACCUUAUGAACUACCAAAGCCAUAUGAACAGCCAGAACCAUAUGAACAACAUCAAAAACGUGAGCAACAUAAAUAACCUUCCUGGAAUGAGUCCUAUAAACAUUGAUUUAAGCACGAUUGAUAAGAAAAAGGAUAUGUUCGAUGCAAAUAAUUUCCACACUUUAAGUGGAAGGAACAAGUAUAGCAACAGCAACAAGAAUAAUUAUCACAUGGAAGAUUAUGCGACUGAUAAGAGUAGUAGAGGUAAUAACAAUGCCAACAUUUCGAACACUACAGCCACUACCAUUGCUACCAUAGGAACCACCACGACGACCACCAGUGAUAACAACAACAUACAGCAAGGAUUCCAAUUCAACGGACGAAUGAUGAAUAAUGGAAAUUUUUCAGACUAUAAUGACAACAACAGGGAGGGUUUUCAUAAUCUGAACGAUGGUUUCGGGGACGAGAGCAAAAGUUACAUGGGUAAUAAAAAUUUUCCAAAUAAGUUAUGCUUAAAGAGUAACAUAAAUAUGAUUACUAAAUCAUCAAAUCAAUCAUUCAGAAAGGAGCAGAAUGUAAUGUACAAUUCAAAAGGAAACAUAAAUUAUGAGUUCAAAGGAGGGAUUAAUGAUGGAUCUCCUAUUAAGAACAGUAAAAACAAAAACAUGUUAUCAAAUGAAUUUCCACAUGAUACUUCUUUGUAUAAUAAUUCAUACAGUGCAGUGGUUGAUAAAAUGAAAUAUACAAUUCAUAAAAGUAGGCAAAAUGAUGACCACAGUAGAGGUAACAUAAAGAAUAACAGCAUGAUGGAUCAUAGCUUGAAAUAUGACAAUAACACUGGCAAUGUCUUUUAUGAUAAUAAAUAUCACAAUCAAAAUGCUGCAUGGACAGAUGAUUAUAACUCCAGCUCUGUUUAUGCCUUGAACGAGUCGAAAAGAACGGCUAUUUGCAGUGGAAACAGUGGAAAUAAUAAGAAAGGAGAUUCUAAAAGUAGUGUCCAUAGGUACUACAUUAACAGUGAUAACAACACACAUAGUGAAAAACCAGGAAGCAUUACGGGUUAUUUGGAUGUCCAAAGCAUGCAGCAAAAUGUUUCAUACGAGCAGGUGCAGAUCGGCCCCUUGAAUAAUGAUAAUAACUUCCAUAUCCUUCCUCAGAAAAAUAAAACGAGAGGGAGAAAACCGAAGAACGCAAUUGUAAACGCAAGCGUAAGUGCAAAUGCAAGCGUAAAUGCAAAUGCAAGCGUAAAUGCAAAUGCAAGCGUAAAUGCAAAUGCAAGCGUAAAUGCAAAUGCAAAUACAAACAACGAGGAGAAAAAAAAAAAAAAAAAAAAAAACAUACAAGAAAAAAAAGGAGGAAUGCAAAAUGGCAAGCGGACAAAAACAAACAACUUGAAAAAGGAAAUGGAAUUUAACAUGACCAUGGAUGCGAACAAUUUGAACCAUUGUUACAAUAACGACAAUUAUUUCUAUGAAUCCAAUUUAAAUACACAUCCGUUGAAAAUUUCGAAUAGCAUAGAUAAUGGAAAUUCUGAUGGAAUAAUUGGGGCCUCCUUGAAUGAAGCACCUAUGAACACAACAAAUUUUUGUGAACCUUCCGCGACAAGCAGUAACAACUUGCAAAAUUUUGAAAGUGACCAACUUCUCCAAAAUGGCCAACUUGUCCAAGUUGGUCAACUUCUCGAAAGCUAUCAGAAGUACCUCCAAUUGCAGGGGCAGCAUGGCCUCGAGCGAAAAGAAAAUUUUUUUUCUGCGAGCAACAACUUGACGUUGAAUAAAGACUUAGUAGAAAUGAUUCUACGAAAUAAUAAGUACUCAAUAGGUAAAAACAUCAAUGAGAAUUUAAACAAAUCUUACACGAACUUCUUAAUGAAUGUCAGCUCGUCCUACUUGAAGAAUAAAUGCUAUGAACACAGAGAAGGUACAGAUAAUAAGACGUAUGAUGAUUCUUUGGAUAGCAAACUUUCCUUAGUCAAAGCGGAAUCUGACAAUAUAACGCAGUUAAACGGAUUUAAUUUCAAUGAAAUGCAAGAACAUGAACCGUCAGCGAGUGAGACGAAUCAGAUGCAUGAAACAGGUCCGAAUGAAAGGGGUCCUAAUGAAACAGAUCCUUAUGGAAGGGGUCCUAAUGAAACAGAUCGGUAUAGGCUCGUUCAGGGAGAAGGGGGAAGGUAUAGAGAGGAGACCAUCACAGGCGAAGCUAAAAACGUCGAAAUAAAAAAAGAAAUGUGUAAUGAGCUUCUGGAAGAGGGAAAAAUAGAGGAACAUAAUUUAUCAGUACCCGUGAAGAAGAAAGGAACUCGAGGAAGAAAAAAAAAAAUUCAAAAUAUCCUUUUUGAUCAAAGCAAGACGUUAAAUGAACAAGUAAAAACUGAAGUAAAGGAGGUCAAAAGAAAAGGGAGAAAAAGGAAAAUUUGUUUUCAGUCAAUUAAUAAUAUUUCGAAUAACAAAGGAGAGGAAGACAAAUCGAAUGAAAUCAUUAAAAGUGUGCAAAAAGAAGAUUUCAUUAACAUAAAAGGAGAAGUAGAAAAUAAAGAUAACAACACAAUAGUAAGUAAUAAAAGACCAAAAGAUGAAAACACAGCCUUUUGUGAUAAUAAAUAUAUUGCUCCAGUUGAUGCAAGUAAUGUGUUUCAUUUUUUAAAAUAUAAAUUGAAUAAAUUUGAUGUAAAAAAAUCACCCAAUAGCCAUUUAGAAAUAAACGUUUUAAUUAAUAAUUUCCUUAUGAUCUUGAGAAUAAUAAAUAACCAUAAAAAAAUGUUGGAAGGGGUAUACAAGUACAAGUUCAACACACCAACUGAGAACUAUGUCAAGAAUUACUUUGAGACUAAAUUUCCAUUUUUAAAAAGCUACAGAAAUGGUUUUCACGAGUUACCUGAUAAUGUGAAGGAGGAAGAGCAAGACGAUCAAAGCGGUAGAAGUGGUAGAAGUGGUAGAAGUGGUAGAAACGGUAGAAGUGGUAGAAACGGUAGAAGCGGUAGAAGUGGUAGAAGUGGUAGAAACGGUAGAAGCGGUAGAAGUGGUAGAAGAGGUAGAAAAGGUAAAAGUGGAAGGGGCAGCAAACAUGGCAGACAUGACAAACAUAGCAAACACGACAAAAACUGCAAAAGCGACAAGGACAAAGGUAGGCAACAAUUCGAUGAUCAUUCGAAGGCUGAAAAUAAAAAGAGACCCAUUCCUGAUAUGGUUCUUCCAUCAAAUGAAGAGUUAACAAAUAGUUUUAUUACACAAGAGCAGAUAAAAAUGGAUCCAACUGAUAAAUGGUUUGGGUGA